AUCAUCUCUCCACUUCUCUUCUUACAAAUCACACUCACUUGCAGCUUCACAAUAACACCACAAUGCAAGGUCAACGAAACAACCUGAUCUCGUCUUCCUCAUGCGUGCACGUUUUCUGUAUCUUUCUGGCACUACUGGUGGCCGGAACCGGCAGUGAGAAGGUUCCGGCGGUCAUCGUGUUCGGGGACUCAUCGGUGGACGCCGGGAACAACAACUUCAUUCCGACGGUGGCGCGGAGCAAUUUCGCGCCGUACGGUCGUGACUUCAAGGGUGGGAAGCCUACGGGGAGGUUCAGUAAUGGCAGAAUACCCACGGACUUCAUCUCUGAGGCUGUCGGAGUGAAGCCAUACAUUCCGGCGUACUUGGACCCCAAGUAUAACAUUUCCGAUUUCGCCACCGGCGUCACCUUUGCUUCCGCCGCUACUGGUUAUGACAACGCGACUUCCGAGGUUCUGUCGGUGAUACCAUUAUGGAAGCAACUGGAUUUCUACAAAGAUUACCAAACCAAACUUAAAGCCCAUGUUGGAGAAAGCAAGGCAAACCAGACCAUAAGUGAAGCAUUAUACAUGAUGAGUCUGGGAACAAAUGACUUCCUGGAGAACUACUAUGCCAUCCCCGGCCGGUCAUCGGAGUACACUCCCCGGCAAUAUGAGAAUUUCCUCGCCGGCAUCGCCGAGAGCUUCAUCAGGAAACUCCACGGCCUGGGUGCCCGGAAGAUCUCCCUAGGAGGCCUACCUCCAAUGGGGUGCUUGCCAUUAGAGAGAACCACAAACUUUGUUGGUGGUAAUGAAUGUGUUCCCAGUUACAAUGCCAUAGCCUUGGAGUUCAAUAAUAAGCUCAAGAAAUUGACAGUGAAGCUGAACAAGGAGCUACCUGGGAUCAGAUUGGUGUUCUCAAAUCCAUAUUUCAUUUUAUUGCAGAUCAUAACAAAACCAGCCCACUAUGGGUUUCAAUCGACCUCGGUAGCAUGUUGUGCAACAGGAAUGUUUGAGAUGGGGUAUGCUUGCAGAAGAGGCGACAUGUUCACUUGUUCAGAUGCUUCCAAAUUCGUUUUCUGGGAUUCUUUUCAUCCUACUGAGAAAACCAAUGCCAUUGUUGCCAACUACGUUGUCAAGAAUGUUUUAGCUGAAUUCCUAUGAUUAAUCAAAACCCUUCAACAUUGUUGAACUUGAUGUACUACUUCCUAUAUAUAUAUAUAUAUAUAUAUUUUAGUGGUGGAGGAAUAAAGUGUAUUAUAGGAUAUAUAUGAGAGUCAGGUGUGUCUGAUUUGUUUAAUAAUAUAUAAAGUGUGACGUGUAGUGUUGUGUGUACUCGAGAGAUUAGAAUUCUGGCUUUGUGAAUUGUGAUGUUUUGAGGUAUGAACUUCAAAGCCAAGGAGGUUUCUAUUAUUAUCUUGCCUCUUGAUUGAAACUAAAUUAUAUAGC